AGAAAUAAUAAACCAACGGCGCCAAACGAACCCAACACGACUUCGCGAGAUUGCAAGAGAUUUGUUGUCCCGAUUCCCUUUUCUUUGAUCUUCUGUAUUCCCUCUGGCCGUUGUAUUUGCUUGUUUGGUUGCUGAGAAAAAGUAACCCCAAAAGAAAGAUAUAGAGAAGUAAUAUAAUUUAUUUAUUUAUUCAUUCCUUGUAUUAUCAAAAGAUUCGAUUUUGAUAUUUUGCUCGAGAUUGGAGUAGCAAAUAUGCGAGCCGUCGUGCUGAAUUCAUCAUCGUUCUCUACAACCCAACAACCACUUCAACUUCAACCAUCAGCCUCCAAGCGUUGGAGUUCAUUACGAGGCAACGCGCAUGAUUAUUCCAUCAGAGAGCAGAAUCUAGUGCGCCCAACCUCACGUCGUCGUUCCCUUCGCAUAAGCUUGCCAUCCACUUCACCACGGAUAGUUGUGAAGGCUGUUGCUACUCCAAAUUCAGCGGUGGAAUUGCCACUAACUGCAGAGAAUGUUGAAAGUGUAUUGGAUGAAGUCCGUCCAUAUCUCAUGGCAGAUGGUGGCAAUGUGGCAUUACAUGAAAUCGAUGGCAAUGUGGUACGCUUGAAGCUACAGGGCGCAUGUGGCUCAUGUCCAAGUUCUGUUAUGACAAUGAAAUUGGGUAUUGAACGUCGUUUAAUGGAGAAGAUACCGGAAAUAGUUGCAGUGGAACCAAUCACCGAUGAAGAAACUGGUCUGGAGCUGAAUGAAGAAAAUAUAGAGCAGGUGCUUGAGGAAAUAAGACCUUAUCUUGUUGGAGCAGCUGGUGGAUCUCUUGAACUCGAGGCAAUUGAAGAGCCAAUAGUAAAGAUCCGGAUCACUGGUCCAGCCGCAGGGGUUAUGACUGUGAGGGUUGCUGUUACUCAGAAAUUGAGGGAGAAAAUCCCAGCAAUUGCAGCAGUUCAGCUUUUAUAAUUUCCUUUCAUGGAAACAAAAAGGAACCUCUCAAAUGGUUUCUUUUUGUUAAACUUGUGCAGAUAAAAGAGUGGUGUAUGACCUAUUUAAGCCUUUACCAAUUGCAUUCGUUAUAGGAUUCUUAUGUACAGGCUUAUAUUGUUUAGUUAGAUGCAACGAAGUGUUUGGGAGGAAAUUUGAGCAUGGGCCUCUAAUGUGCUCUUCACAGCUUCUGCAUAGAUUUGUGAGUAAAAUCUGUAUUGCUAAUUUGCUACAAUAAAAUUUAAUAUAGCAUCUUUGGUUAAAUUA